AUGCGGUGCGCUCGGCGACUGGAUACCCCACCGAAAGUGGGCGAAGCGGACGACAGUAGUCUAGCCUAUCGCCUUGGAACCUUGUGGGCUGGCAUGGAUCUGGACACGGUCAUCAAAUGCGAACCAAAUAGCCCCCUAGGACUGGGUCGCUGCACGCAGCCCAACCUUGACGACAGCUUCCCCAGGGACGUGUUCGCCUACGACCCCUCGCGGGACGACUACGGCUCGGACAGGUCCUACCAGGGAGACAGCGCCGACAGCGGCAAUAUAUCCCCGUGUAGCUUAGACAAUAUCAAAAUUGACUUCUGCUCCAGCUCCUUUAACUCCGAGAGCGGGGAGGGUGCUGACGGAGCCAAGCGACUGUGCCUGGUCUGUGGCGACGUGGCCUCGGGAUAUCACUAUGGUGUGUCCUCUUGCGAAGCUUGCAAGGCUUUCUUCAAACGCACUAUCCAAGGGAACAUUGAAUACUCCUGUCCUGCCAGCGGAGACUGUGAAAUCACAAAACGUAGGAGGAAGGCGUGUCAGGCCUGCAGGUUCCAGAAGUGCCUCAGUGUAGGGAUGUUGAGAGAAGGAGUUCGCCUAGACCGAGUCCGGGGUGGCAGACAGAAGUACAAGCGCAGUUCAGACUGUCAGACACACUCACAGCCUGUCUUACCUGUCAUCGUCAAGAAAUCGUGCCUAGAACCAACAGAUAACAAAAUCCUCUCCAUGCUGCUAGCGCUGGAGUCGCAGAUGGAGACCUUGCGUGCCAACACAGAUUCUGCCGUCGAUACCGAUGUCAAGUUCAUGGCCGCGGCCUCUGACCUCGCCGACCGCGAGUUGGUUAUGACCAUUAGCUGGGCCAAACAGGUUCCAGGUUUCUCCAGCCUGUCUUUGGUUGACCAGAUGCUCCUCCUGCAGCAUUCCUGGCUGGAGAUCCUCAUGUUGAGCCUGGUGUUCCGCUCCUGCCCCUACAAAGGACAUGUCUGCUUUGCCGAAGAUCUCCAGCUUUCGGAAGACAUGGUCGAGAGUCUAGGCUUUCCUCCAGAGCUGGAUGUGCUGAUCCGCAAGCUGUGUAAGAAGUUCACCCACCUCAGUGUCAGCCGGGACGAGUUUGUGCUGCUCAAGGCAAUCACUUUGUGUAACAUCGAUGUUGUCGCGGAUGUCGGAGAGUGUGUCUCACACCUGCAGGACCAACUGCAGGAUGCCCUGUCCGACUGUGUCAAGUCCAACUUUGGGCCCAACACUCGCCGGUUAGGCCAGCUCUUCCUCUUACUGCCGCCCAUCAUGCACAUCAAGCUCCUGGCCAAGCAAUUCUGGUACGAUAUGAAGAAAGACGGCCGGGUGAUGAUGCACAAACUCUUCCUGGAGAUGCUUGAUGCCGACUCCUGA